GACCUUGGUGGUCUAAAUCUGCAAUGAAUAAUACAAGAAUUGUGCAUAUAGUAUGAGUCAACAACAAACAGAAGGUCAAAAUGGUUCGACGGGGCAGCAAGCGCAAGAAAAGGCUAAUCUAUCGUCAUGUAUAGAUGUGAUUACCGCUGUGAUGAUGGCAGUAUGUCUCUACCUGCCGGAUCAAAUAUCAACAAUCGCAUUUUCAGACCUGAUAGAAACUUUGCGUGUACCCUAUCGUAAUACAGAAGUAUAUAUGGCCAAGCUAGUAGGCAUCAAAGCAAUGGCCAACUUCAUCGCAGCACCAGUAAUGCUUAUGGUAAACCUAGUCAUACCUGCAAAUAAAUGGCUCGCGACAGCCUUUGUAUGUGUCAUGAUGGCUGUAAGAAUGUGCCUGCUACUGGUACACCUACUUCCUCGGCCUGCUAUAUGUUUUUAUCAGGUACUUGUACUCCAGUCCUUUGUAAGGGGACUAUUUGAAAACCACUUCUACCCCUUAGCUGCGGAUCAUAUAACGUGGGUAUUACUGUCGUACAAGGGCUCCAAAGUAUUGGUACUGCUGGUACAGUUGAUACUUGAAUAUGCCAUCGUAGACAAUAGCAUAAGGAUCAUUCAGUUCCACCUUAUGGUCAUGCUCAUUGUUACAACAGUCUCUGUUGGCGUCUGGUUCGGCUGUUAUGUCGUAAAAUCAAAUGAUGAGCAAAGCUUGCAAAGUCAAGCGUCAUUGGAAAGUGGAGCAUCGCGGAGCGGGGGUGGCAGUGGUGGCGAUGCUAGCACUACCUUGUCAGCUGGCACUAGCAAUUCUAAUCCCUCUGUUGCUUCACCCGAUAACUUAGCACUUCAUGAAAAUUCAACUUUUGUUGAUAUAGUAUGCGCUGUCUGGUCGCCAAUGCUCAUGUGUUUGUUUGGAACGCCUCAAAAGCAAUUCUACACGCCCUGGAUAUUGCCAUACGGGUUCAUAGAAAGAAGAAAAUGUGAAACUUUGAACAUUAUACUUAUGUUCAUGGGACUCUCUGUAACCACAUUUAUAAAUGCUAUCUUGGUGUUCUGUCGUCAUCUAAAGAAUAGAUGGACUCGUUUUCCAUUUCAAGGGCAUCUUGCAUGGCUUUUCCUGAUACCGUGUAUCUCAUGUAUGCCUAUAAUAUUUACAGCGCUGCACAUGCCGGGAAGCUGGAUAGGCAAGCAGCUGCAUAAUAACCGAACGAACGUGGCAAUGCUCUACUAUGUACUCAUUGGAAGCACAAUUGUGUUGGACAACAUGGGUUUCAUCGGUGUAGCAGCAUGCUCCAAGGUUAAUGGAAAGUAUACUGUUAAUGCAAAACGAGUGAUGGCCAUAGCAGCAUUCCUAAAUCGCAUGCUUGCGUCUAUCACAUAUCGCAUUGGUAUUGGAUAUAUGCUAGUGUUACGAGAAUAUGUGGAUGGGCCUAAUAACAGUGCACCCACAGAAGAACUGACUUUCAUGGAAAAGGUGGUUUUCUGGUCAUCACAGUCAAUGAAAUACGCUAAAAAGGACCUGAUAGAUGAAUUCAAGGGUAAUAUCAAAGAAGUAGUCAAGCAGAAUUACAUGGCCACAAAAUAAAGAUAAUUUCAGGAUCAUUAAAAAUGAAGUUAUAAUAAAGGUGACAUGGAUUCGCU